CCUGGGUCGCAUCGGCCACAACGAUGAGUCUUAACCACUGGACCAUGUGAGCUUGUAUGGUUAGGAAGAAUCUCUUUCAUAUAUAAUCAUCUAAUUUUUAAAUUAGGGCAGAAAAGCAAAAACAAAAUGGAUAGAUCAUUUCGAGCUACAAUGGGAACAGCUACAGACUUUUACGAUAACAAUUUUAACCCGUUGUUGUAGAAGCUUCAAGAUAGUCGAAGGUAUGUUUUCUUUUGCUUUCAAUAUACAUUACCGCUUGCGAGCAAUUGCGCCUUGGUAAAUGCAAAGAAGAAAAGUUUCUUCGUCUCUUUUUGAUAUCCCUUGUUGUUAUUCUAUUCCUUCUUCUUUUGAAGUCCCUCGACGAUUUUAUCUUUCUGAAACCACCACAUAGAUAUAUCGUUCAUACCUACUACCUAACCAGUUUGGGGGUUUUUUUUUCUUUUUUCCUUUACGCGUAUCAGUUAGUGAAAAAGAAACAUUCUAUUAUUGAAAAGUCAAUUUUAAAACAACAAAACACAGGACAGAAUCUAUCGAGGGGGAUUGAGAUUAGGAUUGGAUAGUAGCAUAGCGCGAAUGAACUGAAACUCUCAACUGUUUUUUUUAUUUUACCAUGGAUGCCCACAAAAGAGAAAUAGAAGAAAAACGAGAAAAACUGCUAAAGCUUCGACAAGAAAAGCAAAGCUUCAAAGUAUCCCAUUCAUUUGGUUCCAUAAACGUCAAGGAUGAUCUUUCUCAGGAACAUCUUUCUCAUUUCCUAACUUCCAUCAUAAAACAAAAAGAACUUCAUCAUACUCCCAUUUCGGCUCCUUCUUCAAAAAGCUCCUCCAUAUCUACACUGAAACUUACUCCAGUCUACGAAAUUUUCCAUGAAACAGCAAAUCCAUCGAAUUUUCUUAUAAAACAGCAGUCUUCGCUAUCUUUUUCUUCCUUCAACACCGAAUUCGAAAUGCCAAGCAAACAUUUUAGCUUACGCAAAGAUGAAAAUGCUUCCAAUGAAUUAUUCCAACCCAACAAACACAAAAUUUGCUAUAAACAUGAAAUAAAACUCAAUGAAUUGGAUACAUUGGAUGAUCGGGAGUUGGAAAAUGUUGCAAGUUUUUUGCAAAGCUCUUGUAAAGUAAUUGAAAGAGCCUUAUGUGAGGAUUCCAUGGGCUUGUUUACAAAUUACAGCGAAACAAGAUUCAAUUCCGUAAACAAUUUACCAUCAACAGACAAAAACAAACUGAAAUUGCGCGCGACACUCACUGAUAAAACAAUUACAUCCGACAGACCUAUUAAUAGUCUUGAUUAUUCUCACUUCUUUGACGAACUCUUGCUAGCUUCUUACUCCAACCCGGUCGGCGGCCAGCGCUCAGAUGGUUUGGUGUUAGUUUGGAAUCAGCAUUGGAAAAAUUAUCCAGAGUCCAUCUUGAAAGCAAACAGCGAAAUCACCAUUAGCAAAUUUUCCCCUUCAAAUCCUCAUAUUGUUGCCGGCGGCGCUUACAAUGGCCAGCUAUUCUUAUGGGAUUUGAGACAAGGAUCAAAUCCUGCAUUGUCCACCAAUAUUAUAACUGGAGGUCAUAUUGAACCCAUUAACGAUUUGGCUUUUAUGAAUAGUUUUUCUACCGAGAACAUAGUAACCUGUAGCACUGACGGUUAUAUGCAUAUAUGGGAUAGCCAUACCCUUGCGAAGCCUACAGCAACAGUUCCAUUGAUGGCUGAUGCUUGCAAGCCUAUGCAAGCGUUCGCUCCAACCUGCAUGAGUUACACUACAGAUAUGAAUGCUUUUGUGAUUGGAGCUGAAGACGGCCGGCUUCGCAUUGGCAAUCAGCAAGAUAUAUUUGAACCUCAAACCAAUUUAAACUCGUUUAAAAGUUUAGAAGGACAUUCAGCUUAUGUUACAGGUUUGGAUGUAAUGCGUGCGAGUAUCGAUAUUGAGCCCCUAAAAAAAUCAGAAAAUUACUAUCUUAGUAGUUCCCUAGAUUGGACAGUUAAGCUGUGGUCAACUCAAAAAUACAAUCACUCAGAACAGUUGACGCUUAAUCCCAUCGACCAAAACGAAAUAACUUGUGUACGUGAGUUUGAUCACCAAGACAUGGUGUUUGACGUCAAGUGGAAUCCGGUCCAGUCAGGAUGCUUUGCUACUGUUGAUGCUGUCGGCUCUCUUUCCAUCUGGGACUUGAAACAAAACCUACAAACCCCAGUAGUUAGCGAUACACCCUUAAAUUGUAAAACAUUAAACCGUAUAGCUUGGCAACCAAAAUCCAAUCAACACUUGGCUUGUGGUGGCCUUGGGGGCAGUCUAUUUCUUUAUGAACUAAACCUUUAGAUAUGACUUAAAAUUGGGAAAGCUAAUGAUUAAUACAAUUAAAAAUAUUAGGAAGAAUUGCAAAUAGGAUAUACACAGCUAUGCUAGAUUUAAUAAAAAAGGUUU